AUGUUGAGUCCCAAGAGACUUGUCGAGAAGGCAAAGAGGGGUUUCCCGUUGAUGAGAGCUCCCAGUUCCGGCGCUUGCACGACAGUGGUCGCUGAGAAGGGCCAUUUCGUGGUGUACACUGUGGACGAUGCGAGGUUCAUGGUCCCAUUGGCGUUCCUCAAGAACCGUCUAUUUCAGGAGCUACUAAGGGUGUCGGAGGAGGAGUUUGGACUACCAGGCGAUGGGCCGAUCACGUUGGCGUGCAGCGCGGUUUCCAUGGAGUACAUCCUCUCCUUGCUCGGUAGACGCAUGUCCGGAGAUGUGGAGAGGGCUUUGCUUGCCUCCAUCAUCGAUGCAGACCGAGAUUUCCCACCAGCAGAAGUUGGUUGUCCAUUUGCUUUCAAGGUUGUCAAAGGCCAAGUACGGGAGCCUUUGCUUUUUGAGUCCUCACUAUCCUCCCAAGUCCAACUGGGAGUUGGGAUGGGUCUUCGUUAG